GAGAAGUCCCAGACGAGGGAGAAUGGCGAGCACGGGAAACCCUGUUCUUUCUUCACACACAACGAGGAAUACCGAAGACCUGGAGAUGGAAUCGAGGAACUCUGACGAGGAAGGUGCGUACGCCACUUUGCAUGAUCGUGGUCCACAGAGAAAGAAGAAUUCUGAAAAAGCCAAUGCUGCCAUGAAUACUAAAAUUUGGCGCCUACUGAUCCUGGUGGUCCUUCUCAUCUUCCUGUUCCUUGCUCUGGGUGUUGUCACAGGUUUCCUGUUCAUCUCCUAUGUGAACAUGGCCGAGGAGCAGUCACGUCUGAGGGAAACUGUCUCCAGUUUGACCAGUAAAGUAAUGGAGAUCGAUUCCACAAUUAAUUAUAUUUCAAUAAAUGCCUCCAGCAUGACAAGUAAAGUAAUGGAGAUCGAUUCCACAAUUCAUUAUAUUUUUGUAAAUGGCACUGCUGGUCUAUUGUGCGGUAAAGAUUGGACGUUCUAUAAACUCAAUUGUUACUACAAGUCUACAAUUAAGACCUCCUGGAAUUCCGCCAAAGAAGACUGUGAGAAAAAGAUGUCCCACCUGGUGAUCAUCAACGGGGAUGGCGAGAUGAAUUUCCUACGUACAUUUUCACAGAAAGAAAGUCCAUGGGUUGGUCUCAACAAGACGGAGCCUAAUAAAUGGCAGUGGGUGGAUGGGACUGUUUUUAACACUACAGAGUUCUGGCAGAAUGGUCAGCCCGAUAAUAAGAAGGGAAUAGAAGAUUGUGCUCAGUUCAGAGAAGGAGAUGGCUUGAAUGAUGUGGAUUGUUCUGCGACAAAACCGUACAUCUGCGAGAAGGAAUUAUUCUGAAGUGUGCCGGUGAACCUCGGAAGACGCCUCCCGGCUCUAUCUGCUCUUUUAUUCUCCCACUUCCUACUACAGUAAUAAAAAAUGGGCUAAAAACAAAGGCCCAGGUUCU